AUGGUAGUUUUUGGAGGAUUGGGAACAGCUGGUUUCAGUGAUGGAUAUCAUGCAAAAGAAACUCUAUUUAAUACUCCUUCAUCUCUUAGUGUUUCUCCAAACGGUGAUUUGUAUAUAGCUGAUACUCAAAACAAUAAGAUUAGAAUAGUUUCUGCUUCAACAGGACUAGUUUCUUCCAUCUCUGCUACAUUUAACAAACCAUUGGGAAUUGUUGUUUCUUCGAAUAAUAUUCUUUACAUUGCAGAUACACAAAACAACCUCAUCAAAAAGUAUGACAUUUCAACAAGGGUACUUUCGACUAUUGGCGGUGAAAAAGCAUAUUUGGAUGGAAGUUAUGAUAAUGUGGAUGCCAAUUCAGUCAUUAUGAAAUCUCCAAAGAAUAUUCACGUUGUUUCCAAUGGCAAAGAGGAUACGGUUUAUUUCACAGAUGAGGAAAGGGUGAAACGUAUUGAUAGCAAUGGAAAGUACAGAGUUGUUGACGGUUUGAGUCCUCAAUCAAAUUUAUAUGGAAUAUUUGUAACAUCAUCAAAUGAAAUUUGGACAACUUCACCUUCUUCGCAUUUUGUUCAAAUGAAAUCUGUUGGAUCAGCAGUACAAUCAACUUUCAUUGGACAGCAAGACCUCUAUGGAUAUGAAGGAGAUGAUCUGAUUGAUUCUUACUCGAAAGUUCUAUUUUAUAACCCCUCCUCUUUGGUUUUGAAAAAUUCUAUAGUUUACCUAGUUGACCAGACAAAUAACUGUAUUAGAAAAAUUGAUACAAGAACCAAGGUGGUUUCCACAUUUUCUGGAGGAGUCAUCAAUCAUCCAUAUGGAGAAAAUAUUCAACAAUUCGAAACAAGUCCAACAUCUUCACUUUCUUACCCGUUUUCGUUCAAGAAUGAACUAUUUUUCAUAGAAACCAGUAGUAUUGUCAGAAAGGUUUCUAAUGGAUUGGUCAAAACUGUUUUGGGGAGUUAUUCCAAAUUACAAAUAGAAAACUCACCGAAGAGGAAGUAUAUUGGUAUAGUAACCAACACUUAUAUAUUCCCAAAUGGAGAUAUGGUAAUUGUCACUUCCACAGAUGUAUUCUUAUUUAAUAUUUAUACAGAGCAACUUUCUUCAUUGAACAUCCCAACCGGUAUCACUUCAAUUAGUGGAAUAGGGAAUUCUUUAUCAAAUGGUACCUUGCUUUUUUCCUCUCCAAAUUUCAUAACUAUAUACAGAAAUGGAGAACAAUCACAAAUUUACAAUAUUCCCCCAAUUACUUCUUCAUGUAUUGUAAACCAAAAUGGAAACUAUAGUGUUUAUUUCUUAGUUUCUUAUUCUAAAAUAAUGAAGAUUAAUUUGGCGGAACUCUCAGUUUAUGAAACAGUUUAUUCAUCUGAUAAUUCAUUUCAAAGUUUUUCAUGUGACAACGACAAAAUAUAUUUAAUGCUUCAAGCCAAAGUUUAUGAAAUGAGAUUGAAUGAUUCCCAGCUCAUAAAAAUUGGAGGAGCAGAUUCGUAUAACAAUUCAGGAAAUAUAUUCUGCACUUCAGUGGAUACAGUGGAGAGAAUACAAUCAGGCAGUAUAAAAGUAAUCAAUGGAGCAAUUUACAACAGUGCCUUUGCAUCCUACAUUACAAUCUCAAAUGCUACCACACAAACAAUUGUUGGCAUCAACCCCUCCAGAAAAGUUGGUAAAAUUACAUCUGCAUUUGCAAGAGAUGAGGCCAAUAAUGUAAUAUAUUAUUUGGAUAGAUUUUCUUUGAAGAAGUUUAAUGAAACAUCUGGUGAAAUUAUUUCCCAAACGGAGAGUGUAAAGGGUACGAGUCCUACAAUGGGCCAAAUUCCAUUCUUUUUCUUAGUUUCGGAAUCUAUAUUAACAAUGGCUCACUCUUCCUUUGAUAAUUCAUUAUUCAUUGUAGAUGUGUGCCAUAUUGUACAAGUUUUUUUGGAUACUAUGAAUGUAACCAAAAUUGCAGGAAAUGGUUGUGGUGCAGUUACAGAUGGUCCAGCUUUGGACACACGAUUUAGAAACAUUGCAAUCAAAGGAUUGUCUGUCAAUCCAGAAAAUGGAGAUAUCUACCUUUCGGACAGUACAAGUUUUCGUAAACUUGAAAAAAGGACAGGAAUGAUUGUGACUCGAUUUGCCUCCAAUGUAACUUCUUCAUACUCUCCAGAUGGUCCAGUUACCAAUUUUACCAAUUUUGGUACUAUUCUCUUCUCUUACUCCUCUAAUGAGGAUUCCAUCUAUUAUUGCACAAGUACACUAUUAAGGGUAAUUGAAAAGAUGGCAAAUGGAACUUAUUAUCUGAGAACAAUUAUUGGAAAUGGUAAGACUGGUUAUUCAGGAAAUAAUCUACCAGCCUUAGAAUCUUCACUAUCAUCUCCAAUAUCCUUUUAUGUUAAAAAGAAUGGAGAUAUUAUUAUUUUGGAUGGUUCGUACAUAAUACGAAAAUACACUAGAACAACUGGACUGUUGACAACACUAGCAGGAAGUGCUAACGAAAAUAUUAACGUUUACUCAGGCAAUCUUUCUGGGAAAGACACUAAAUUUAUGGGUUUCUCGCCAUCUAUUGGCUAUAAUGAAAACACAGAAGAGGUUUAUUUCAUUGAUAGUGAUUUAGUACUUAGUCAGUUCAUUACAAUGACUAAAACCACAAUACGAAAAUUGAGUGUUUCAUGUGUGGGAAAUGCAAUAUUCAACUCUCAAAACCAAAGCUGUGAAUGCUUGAAAGGAUAUUAUGGAUCUAAAUGUGAGUCCCUCUCUUGUAAUGGAACACUUGCAUCAGAUUUAUCAAACAAAGGAAAAGAUAUUGCAAGUAUCAACACUUCAAAUAUUGAGUUGUCUGAUUUCCCAACUGGAUCAACAAUUAUUACCUCUUCAGCCGGAUCAGCUGCUUCUAAUUCUGAAGAUUACUUUUCAAGAUAUACUAAUAUAGAAAGGAUUGGACAAGGUGCAUUUGGAAGUGUCUAUAAAGCUAAUGAUUCAAAAGCAGGAAAUCGAAUCAAGGCAGUUAAGGUAAUCAAGUUUGAAUCAUUCUCUGAUUUAAAUACAAUAAUGAAAGAAGCCUCCCAAUUAAGCCACAUCAAACAUCCAAACAUUUUGAAAGUCAAUGAUUAUUUCAUAACCCAAGAUAGUUUACUGUGUAUUGACAUGGAUUAUUAUGAAAGUGGUGAUUUGAAUCAAUUUUUGAAAAGAGAAUGUUCUGAAAAUAUUAUUAAGCAAAUACUGAAACAAUCAUGCGAAGGUUUGAAUUAUAUUCAUUCUCAACUAUCAAUUAUUCAUAGAGAUAUCAAACCAUCCAACAUUUUUGUCAAAUAUUUGAAGAAUGAUAAUAUCGAAAUAGUAAUUGCAGAUUUUGGAUUGGCAAAAAAGCAUCAAGAAAUGAAAGGUCAAUCAUAUGUUGGAACUCCUCUCUUCAUGAGUCCUGAAAUCGCCCUGGGAAGCUCAUACUCUUUCAACACGGAUAUCUUUUCUUUGGGAGUUUCAAUUUAUCAAAUCAUGACCAAAGACGAAACAACUUCAAUCAGUAAUUUAUUAAUGGGAAAUCAAUCAUCAAAUGCUCAAACCAUCCUCACUAAACAAAUGAGAAACUGUUCAAUUUCCUACUCCAAUGAACUAAUUCAAUUAAUUUUACAAAUGUUGGAUAAGAAUCGAGAAACUCGUCCAACUGCCCAACAAUUACUCAAAUUCGAUUAUUUUAAAUAA